AUGGAGCCCCUCUCUGAUCCACGGGCUCUCUUAGACAGUAGCCUUCCUUUCAAUGAGGCUUCAGUCCAUCUGCUCGAUAGGGUUGUUGCCGCCAUGUUCGGUUCGACAGAUCAGCACUCGAGGGAUGUGGCUCAUCGCGUUUUGGGUGAAUUCAAGAAUCUCCCCAAUGCGUGGACGCACGUAGCGGUCAUUCUGAACGUCUCUCAGGAUGCAAAUACCAAAUUUUUCGCUCUACAAAUUCUCGAAUCUGCGAUUACAACUCGAUGGAACAUUCUGCCAGAGUCAGAGAGGAACGGUAUAAAGGCGUUCGUGACAUCGCUAGCAAUUCAGUUGGCUAGUGAUGCGCAGCAGUAUCAUACAGAAAAACAUUUUAUCAACAAGGUGAACGAAAACCUUAUUCAGAUUGUGAAGAGAGAGUGGCCUGAACGCUGGCCGACAUUCAUAACGGAGGUGUGCCAGUCAUCCCGUUCAAGUCAGUCUCUGUGCGAGAACAACAUGCGACUGUUGAAUAUGUUAUCUGAAGAGGUUUUUGACUUUGGUCGCAAUGAAAUGGUCUCUAAGCGAGUCGACAAACUCAUGGAUCAACUGACAGCUCAGUUUCAGGAGGUUUAUGACACAUGCAUGUUUGUCCUGAGGAGCUACAUCGCCUCUCCCUCGGGUAUGCGUGAAUCCUUGGUCCAGCAAACGCUGAAAUGUCUGUCCCACUUCCUCAAGUGGGUUCCUUUGGGAUUUCUCUUUGAAACGGAUUUGGUAGAAACCCUCCUCCAGAACUUCUGGGAACCCGUUCAGUAUCGCCCGGAGUGUAUCCGCUGCGUUACUGAAAUGGCUUCGCUUCAACUGUCUCCGGAGGAGGCCGCGGCGUUUAAGCAUCGUCUAGCUGCCCUUUGGGUUGAGCUGACCGCGAGGGCUGUCUGUUUACCAAGGCAGACGCUGCAAUACGAAGACUCUGCGAAAGUGCCGCCGCAAAUGCGGCUUUUCUGGGAGACGACUUAUUGCCAGCUAGCCCUCUGCCUUACAGCCUUCUUACGAAAUCAUCGCGAGACUGUCGUGGAGCCCUUGGACAAGGAGACGAACAGGAACAGCUGCGUGUCUACUCUGCAGCUCUUGGUGGAAAUGAGCAACAUAAGUCACGAGGAGACCUUUCAGAUUUGCUUGGACUUUUGGUUUUCGUUCGCCGAAAAACUCCUCCACGAGGCGAAUCAGCAGGCAAAGGUGUGUGUGUGCUUGCAGAACAAUGCACAGGCCAGAAGCACCGACGCGCCUCUUCUUCUUGGCACCGGCAGUGAAGGGUUGCCGGUGAGCCCGGGAGGACUGACCCCCGCGGAGUUGUCAUGGCGCGUGCGCCACUACGAGGGGAUAUUGAACGAAGUCAGGGCUGUGCUUAUUCGGAGGAUGGCGAAGCCUCAAGAGAUUUAUAUUCAGUUUGAUCAGGAGACUGGUGAAGUGACGAGAGACUAUGAGGUGGACACGGCUGAGGUGUCUUUGUACAACACCAUGAGGUGCACCCAAGUGCUUUUGACGAACUUGGGACAAGUUGAUAUGCAGCGAAUCAUGCUGACAAUUCUGAAUGCCGAGUGCUUGCAGGCGCCGGUGCAGGGAGACUGUUGGAACUCCACGUCUCUUAACAGGCUCUGUUAUAGCAUCGGAUCUAUUAGUGGGGCUAUGAGCGAAACGAUCGAGAGGCCCUUCAUCGUGGAAGUCAUUCGCAGCCUGCUUAAUCUCUGCGAAUCGAUGCGGGGGAAGGGAAACAAGGCCAUUGUUGCGAGCAACAUCAUGUACGUUGUCGGCCAAUAUCCGCGCUUUUUAAAGGCUCAUUGGAAGUUCCUCAAGACAGUUAUCGCCAAGCUUUUUGAGUUUAUGCACGAGACGUUUCCGGGGGUCCAAGACAUGGCUUGUGAAACAUUCCUGAAAGUCGCGCAAAAGUGCAAGAACACUAUUGCGGCCACUCACCCAGAGGAUCAGCGAAGCUUUGUGAUUAGCGUUAUUGAGGGACACACACAACAGACCGAUGCGCUGGAUGAAAAGCAGCAGCUCCUCUUUUUUGAGGCUGUGGGGCACAUAAUUUCUGCUACCCCCGAUUCUGCCAAGAGCGAAUGCAUCAGCGGUUUGAUGGCGAACUGCUCGCGAGUUUGGAGUCAGACUGUACAGGCAGCACAGUCCUUUGCAGAAGCUCUCUUCGACCCGACGGCAGCGAGGCGACUUGUGCAUAUUCUGAGGAUCAAUCAAAGAGUUGCGAAGUCGACUGGUACCGCCUUCACGCCUCAGCUCAUGCGCUUAUACCCCGAAAUGAUGCAGUUGUACGGAAUGUAUGGACAGCGCAUCCUCCAGGAGGUUCAGCGAAGCGGGCCGUCCAGAAUCAAGCAUGCCGAUUUAAAGUGCCUCCAUGUUUUCAAGAGGGAGACGCUGCACCUCCUCGAGAUUUAUGUGGACAAGGCAGCGCAAGACGGAGGUUCUCAGGGCAGGAAAGAAAUCGUCAAGGAGAUGGUCGGGCAGGUUCUUCAGCCGAUUCUUCAAGAUUACAGAGACAAUACACCCGACACGAGAGACUGCGAAGUGCUGACCCUUCUAGCCGUUCUCAUGUCCAGACUGGAUACUCACAUUUCCUCGGUCCUACCUGUAAUAUUCGAGUAUAUCUUUGACUCGACGUUGCAAAUGAUAAAAUCCGAUUUCCAGAGCUAUCCUGAUCAUCGGGAACGUUUUUACGCACUCUUGAAGGCGUCGAACCAACACUGCUUUGAUGGCCUGUUUGCGCUCCCCUCUUCUCAGCUCAAAGCCUAUGUAGAAUCCUUAGUUUGGGCCUUUAAGCACGAGCAUCCUUGUCUCGCGGAGGAGGGGCUGCAAGUGACGUACGAGUUUUUGCAGAAGCUGAUAGAUGGCAAGAGGGAGGUGCUGAAUGACUUUUGCAGCACCUACUACUUCAGCCUGAUGAAGGAAAUCCUGAUGGUCCUGACGGACCGGCUGCACCGCUCAGGGUUCAGAUACCAGACCCUCAUAUUCAUGACGCUGCUCCGCAUUGUCGCUUUUGAUUUGGUGCACGACGAGGCAAAUGGCUUGACGCAAGACAACGUCACGAAGAGCCUGAUCGACCUCCUCGGGAGGAGCUUCCAGACCGUAAACCAGAAGCAAGUAGAGGCCUUCGUCGUUGACCUAUUCAACUUCUGCAGAGACGCGAACCCCGCACGCUUUCAGCAGCACAUGCGUGACUUCCUUAUUUCCUUGAAGGAAUUCGCUGGUGACAAUGAUGCGCUCUUCGAGGCGGAAAGGGAGGAGGCCCUAGCGAGAGCUCGAGAACUGGAGAGGCAGAAACAAGGCCAGGUGCCUGGGAUGCUUCCCCAGUACGAGUCCAUGGUCUCGAUCCGCAAUCUCGAUGACUAA